UCUUGCGUGUAUGUUUUGGUGAUAAUUGAGAAAAUAAAAGUUGCAAUUUACCUCUCGACAAAAAUGCAAAUUUCACACGCAGGCCAAUAUCAUAAUGGCUAUAUUCUCUACCAUAAGAACAAAACUCUUGGCUCGUUUCAGCUGAAAUACGUCCAUUUGGUUAAUGAGUUUAAGGAAAGGUUUCGAAAAAAGCACUCAAAACUGUCUUUCUAAACAAUACAUCUUCCCUGCUCACCAACGUUCAUCAAAAAUUUGGAUUUUUUUUCUACAAAGAGGCCAAAAUCGUAUUCAGUAAUUAUGCUGUGAUCGUGAAACAACCUGUCAGCUUAAAGUUACGACCGCUGUACAUAAAUUAACGUGCUUCAAGCCAGGGAGACAUAACAAUUGAACACUAAAGGACACCAAAGUUAGGUUACUGACCGCUUUGAAAAACACGAGCGAAUCAACUACACGAAAUACGUGCUCUAAAAAUAAUGUUAUCGGCCAGCUCUUCCCAAUGAACGUUCAGAAAGGGUAUUGCCACGUUUCUACGACGAAACUUGGAAGAAAUGUUCCAACGAAGACCGUAAAUAAUAAUUUUUCCCCUUCGAUGAGUGGUGUGUUUGCAAAGUGCUCGCUAGGCUCGAGUGCUCCUCGCGCGGCUUACACAAAGUCAUCUGUACAACCGAAAAUUAUGUCCCCGAUGACUAAUCAUUCGUCUCGCGAUCAAAGGAGAAAAUACGUGAGUUCAUUGUCUAUUAUUCCGAAAGAAAAGAUUCCUAAGAUUGUGGUAUUACCAAGUAUCGAUAAAGAUAUUGCUGUAACGUCGGCGAAGCCAGUAUCAGCUAGAGUCCCUGGUGUCACAACUGCUCCGGGAAAAAAGAGGAGUCAGGCACCGAAGAGUGAAAAAGGAAGCUUUUCGCAAGCCAACUACAUUUCAUGUCUUCACACUUCAUUGAGCACUGAAUGGAGGAAAGCGACUAGCUUGGACAGGGAGAAUUCGGAGGACAAGGAAAGGCAACCGCGGAGAACUUCUUCGCUGGAAAUUAAAUUCAGCUAUUCUAGCAAGAAUACUUCCCGAUCCGCGCCGACAACCAGAAGUUCGUCAGAUGAAAUACGUGACGAGGAAAAAAACACUUCACUGAUAGGAAAUCAACCCCGUGGAGAAAAUAAAAGCGUUGGCUUGUUUAAUCGUAACAUGGUAAAAGAAGUAACCGCAAUGAGCAAGGACAAUGUACGAGUUCAAUAUACACCGCUGAGGAAAAGUUUUACGAUUAAAAAUGUAGUUACAGACGGGAACAGACGUGGAACAUCUGCAAACGCGGUUCUAUCCACUCGCUGUCAAGACUUUGAACAGCAACGUACUCGAACAAGGAUGCUACCAAAGAGCCGUUUUCGAGUGAAAAUUCAGAAAUGUCGCCACAAAAGCGUCAAUAUUUCAGAUUCUUUCAAUAUUGUUCGAGAUAAAAGAGCAAAACCUCUAGAAAAGGCAAGUCGAAGCGUGAUCAUUCAAGAUAAAAGUCCACAAAGAUCAUUUUCUAUCCAAAAGUCUAAGGCUUUCUAGCGUGAAGUAAACAUAGCAACCUUCGUGAGAAGAAAAGUUUAUGGUGACGCAAAUAAAAUUUUACCGACAGAUUAAAACCGCUUUGAAUUACUUUCCGAGAUAUUUUAUUUCGCCAAGAAACCCUUAGCAAUUGAAAAUCGCAUAUUCGUCCAAAAAUUAUUGAUUUGAGGAUAUACCAUGUCAGAGCAAAAUUUGCAUGAUGACUUGACACUCAACUGAAUGGUAUGUUUGCUGAAAUACAGGUUGUUCACGAACUAAUAUGACCGACUGCGAUCGAUAGAAAUGUUUUUAUCAAUUUGUCAUCUAGAUAUUAGAUUCAAAGUUACCUGAAGAAAUAUUAUUCUCUUGAAAUACUUCGGCUUGUCAAAGCUAUUAAUAAUCGAUAUCUCUUUUAGAGCUUACAGCUUUUAUCUUUAUUCUGGUAAGACUCUAUGGUUUUCAGCCAUUUGAAGCAUUAGUAAUUUUUCCUUUUAACAGCACUUUAUAUUUUUUUUCAUUAUUAUCACACCAAAACGAAUGCAUUAGUGAUUAAACUUUUUUUUUUUCUUUUUUAUUAGGACCGCUUAAUAUGCAGCAAACAUCAAUUUAAAAUUAAACUAAACUGCUCACUUUUAGUCCAAAAUCGUUAUCAGGAAACGAUUCUAUUCAAACAGACGGUUAUGUUUAAUUUGUAGUGUGAGUUGACGGAGUAUUUCCAAUGGCUUAAAGACCUAGAAUGUUGUUUCGUCCGCGUAAAUAAACUAGUUUGCAUGUUGCAUCAGAUGUUCUCCAUAACAUCUAACAAAAAUAUUUAAAAACAAAAUUGCUAUGAUUAGUUGGGACUUGCUUGUUCGAAUUGAAAAUCUGUAGCUCAAGGUUAGUAAAAUUUCAAUGGUGCAACAUCGUACUGAUGUUGGCCCAGUGGAAGCUAAGAAGCGCAAAAUGAACUGUUCCCCAAUGACGCUUUCCCAUUACUCAGUGCCGGAGCGUGUAGGCGAGUAAACAAGUUUUUCUUCGCUACGGAACAAAAAAAGAAAGCUGUGUCAAUUUUGUUUCUCUCUGAAUAACAAUUGACACCUUUAUGUCGCACUAUAAACCUUCAGUAAAUAUGCGAACUAUAUAUUAAUUGAGGACGAAAUAUACUGCAACUAAUUUGGAUUAUAACGAGCAAUCGCUUUCGACAAAUUUAUUUGUAAUUUUUAUUUUCCCUGAUUAUAAUCUUCAAAAGAUCAAUUUCCUGUGUUGCAAGAAAAGGUUAAUAAAUUUAAAAUGUUAGAUCUGGAAGUUAACUAAAUAUUGUACGCUUCCAAAGUCCUUGAGGAAGAGAACUUAAAUAAAAACAAAUUUUACAUCUUA